AUGGCAGCAAACGGCGAGACACCCUCCAAGGUUGGCGUCAUCUCAAUCGGCGACAUGGGCGUCGGCAUCGCCAAGCUCCUCGUCGCCAAAGGCUUCCGGGUCGCAACCAACGUCAAAGGCCGCAGUCAAGACACGAUCCAACGCGCCCGCGAAGCAAACGUGGAACUCAUAGACUCAGACCUGGACCUCGCUUCCCAGUGCGCCGUGAUCUUCUCCGUUGUCCCUCCCCGGGACGCCGAGGCGACGGCGGACCGUAUCGUCGACGCCCUCGCCGGCGCCUCGCGCAGCGUGCCCCUCUACUUCGUCGACAUGAACGCCGUCGCGCCCUCGACGUGCAAGUCCGUCGCCUCGUCCUUCGCCCGCGCCCGCGUCCCCGCCCGCUUCAUCGACGCCUGCAUCAUCGGCGCCCCGCCCCGGCCGAAAUCCGCCCCCAACGCCGGCACCAACGUCUCUUCCUCCUCGGCCCCACCGGGCGAUGACGACAACGACGAUGACGGCUGGUAUGUCCCGGGGGUGCCCAUGUCCGGCCCGCACAAGCUGGCCGACCUCUCCCUUCCUGGGACAGAGGACCGCGAGACGGAGACGUUCGGAGCCCGCCUCAGCGCCGUCCUCGGCGGGAACCACAUAUCGGCUGAGAUCGGUGCGGCGAGCGGCCUCAAGAUGUGCUUCGCCUCCAUGUCGAAGGGUUUUACCGCCAUCGCCACGCAGGCCUUUACGACCGCCCACCGAAUGGGCGUCCUUGACCAGCUGCGCGGCGAGCUGUCGGCGCGUCUGCCGAGCUACCUCGAAUUCGCCGAGAAGGGCGUUGUGACGAUGCCGCCCAAGGCGUAUCGCUGGGUCCGCGAGAUGGAGGAGAUCAGCAAGACACACGCCGAGGAGGGCGGUUUCGGACCCGACCUGUUUGUGGGCGCUGCGGGUGUGUACAGGGCGGUAGCCGAGGACUCGCCGCUUGGAGGGGAGAAGAUUGGCAAGAGAAAGAGGGGCACGACGGUGGAGGACGUGGCGGCGGCCAUAACUGAGGGACUCGAAAGAAAGAAGAAGAAGACGGACUGA